ACCAAAGCUUUUGGCUCCAAUGACUUCUCCGACCAAUAAUUUGAUCUAACAAAAGAGAGAGAGAGAAGUAGAAAAGCUUUGAGAUGGCGAUGCCGCUGGGCAUGGCGAUGUAUCUUAUGAGAAUGGUUUGGUUUUCUCUGAGUGGUUGGGUUUUCACUUGCGUGGCUAUUGCUGACGAAAUCGCUGGCUCUCUUAGAAACGGAGAUAUUGGUCCUUUCCAUGUCGGAUGAUCGUAUUCGAGAUCUUUAGCUCUCCUUCUGAAGGGCAUAUUACUACAGUAAAUGUGCAGAGUACACCAGCAAGGUUCUAUGAAUUGAAAUCUUCUCCUGGUAUGCAGGCAAGGUUCUAAACUAAGAAAAACUUAUCUAUUGCCGCGUGUUGCUCUACUGUAUCAAACAUUUGACAGAGAGAGACAGAGACAAGAGACAGAGAGAGCAGAGCAGUAAAUGUGUAUAGUACUAUAGUUUGUAGAAUUCCAGACCAUAAGUGACCUCUCAUACUUGUGAAAAAAAUGUUGUUGAAAACAAUUUUGAGUUUCUAUCAAUUUUAAGAAUCAUUUAGCCUC